AUUACCUCAUACAAAGGUCGCUCCGUCCAAGGUUGUGAAAAUGUUAUUAUGCUGAUCACUGAUGGUGCGCCAAAUAAUUACAAGGAGAUAUUCAAUCUGUAUAACAAGGAUAAAAAGCACUAUAUUCGCACCAUGUCACGACCAAUUGGUCAGAAUGCUGGAGAUCUUCAAGUGGAUGAUGCUAUGUGGAGUGGAGUAUAUCGAGAGCGACUGGUAGGUGAUAGGCUCAACUCAAACAAAUUUUUGCCUUCUAGAUCUCAGCUUUAUUCAUAG